AUGAUUACGACCCCCAAUAUCAUACUAGUGUUGGCCUACGUUAUUGUCGCCAAGAAUUGUAACUUAAGCCGAACUUUGCUUUCAUUUAACUCAUUGGAGUCCACAGUGACUGAGGCCUGGAAAUCAAUCAAAUGGUAUGACUUGGAGUGUUGGUCAAUAGUGUGUGGUCUCAUACUAUGGGGAAUCAUAUCACUGCACUUUCCCGGCCGUAAAUAUCACGGUCCGCCCACACCUAAUGGCUACAGACCAGAGUACUGGAACUCAGGCUUCAAGUUCUAUGUGAUAUCAAUGCUAAUCGCGAUUCCUGUGCUUUGGAACUAUUCUGUACUUCAUUUGUAUUACAAAAUUCCGAAUCUCAUCGCUAUUCUCAUUGCAUUCGGUGUCAUAUUCUGUGUUAUUUUGUAUCUCAAGGGACUCGUAUUCCCUGAUCCGGGCAUUUGCGACAUCACUAAGAAUCUCAUAUUUGACUACUACUGGGGCGUCGAGUUAUACCCACAUUUGGGGCCAUUUGUUAGCCUUAAAAUACUCAUUAACAGUCGAUUCGGGCUAUUCUUAUGGCAAUUAUUAGCACUAACCGCUUGGAAAGCAAAUUACGAGCUAUACAUCGCCAGCUAUAACCGGGGACACAUUAACUGGCCCUUAACCACAACCACAUUAUUGAUUAGUAUUUAUUUAGCAAAGUUUUAUUACUCGGAGGACUCGUACCUACACACCAUUGAUGCCUCGCACGACAGGUUUGGCUACUACUUGGCCUGGGGUUGCAUAGCCUUUGUGCCCGCUUUCUACUCAUUAAACUCUCUGUAUUUGGUUAAACACUCGCCGAUCGAUCACUUCGGCUUCGUUUCCUCGCUAAUUGUGUUGAGUCUGGGAUUGCUAUGCGUUUACCUCACGUAUUGCACAGACAGGCAAAAAAUGUUGGCCCGACAGACAAAUGGCAAGUGCAAUAUAUGGGGCAAACCGGCUACAGUUAUCCGCGCAACCUAUACAGACAAUUAUGGCAUCCAAAAGCGGACAGUCCUACUAGUGUCGGGCUUCUGGAGCGUGGGUCGUCACAUGAACUAUACGUUUGAGUUGUUGUUUGCGGUGGUGUUGUGUCUGCCGUCACUCGUCUACAGUCCCAUCCCUUACCUGAGACUCAUAUUCGUGUCGAUUCUGUUGAUUCACAGAACAUAUAGAGACGAUGAGAAGUGUUCACAAAAGUAUGGCACACAAUGGGACGAGUACUGCAAACUCGUGCCUUACAAAAUGAUACCUGGCUUAUUUUGAAGCACUAUUCUCGAAACAAUAAUAGCCAAUGUGUUAAUGAGU